UCUAGGUUAGUGUACCAGCUUUCCAGAGUCAGUCGUUGAAAAUAGUUUGUACUGUAGGUUAUACAUUCAUUUUAAACGGUUAAUGCUUCUACACAGAGAGGCGACUCUCUUCCAGACUCUAAGAGCGUUUACUCGGGCUUCAUACCGCAAUAUCAAAUCGCACUCUAAGUAAAUAAUCAAAUAAAAAGAGUAAAAUCAAAUAUAAGAAUCAGGAUAUUUUAACACAAGAAUUACUCUUAGAUAUUUACUAUUGAAAUUGCUUCGUCGAAGUCUCCUCUUUAUCCAAUUGCAUGUUGUUUGCCGUACUAUGGAAGCUCUGUUUACGACGAUUCUUGAUUUUUUAAUUUCAACAUCUGAGGUGUUCGUCUCAAUAUCGUAACUUGUUUUCAAGUCAGUAGUCAUAGUUUUUUGCCAGUGUUUUCGUAGUUUGAACUUGCAUGGAUUAUUUGUUAUGUCGCGAGAACGAGCACGAAAUUAGUGGACCCACCCGUUCGGAAAACGAUCGACAUCUUUGUAUGUGAGAUGAACGUUUAAGUCGUGAUUCUUUCCAAACCUUUCUUCACAAAACACAGCACUCUGUAAAUUAUGUUGUUCAUGAGGAACGAGCAAAUUAUAACACAAGAUGAUAGCAUUCCCACCCCCAGUUUCCACGGUCUCAACACGGAUCGCCUGGGACCAUAACCCCACUUUUGGUGACCAAGACUGGCUUGUAUUUUCUGACUUGGGCUUUCCUACGGAAGCUUGAGUAACUAGUUAUGAUCUUUGUAAUAUGCCGAUGACUUGACUGAUUCUCCUAAAAUUUCGGGCGCGUGCCAUAUUGAAAGUCGUACCACAAACUACUACUGCGCACUUUUCAUACUGAUGUUGAGUCUUUUUUUUAAGAGACAAACUAUUCGAGAUUUAAUAUUUUAGAAUAGGUUAAGGAGGAAGAUCUUGUAUAUUUCGAUAGCUGUUUCAAUACUUAUGCCCCUGAUUUAAUUCAGAUUAACCUGUAAAUAUUUUGUGCAAACCCUUUUUGUAUCAUUUACAUUGAAUUUUUCCACCUUUUACAGUUCCCGGCGAAAGCGAUCGUCUGACGAAAUGGAAUUUACCAUGGAUAUGGUUCACAUUUUCCCUGGUUAUCCAAAGAGGUCAACAGAUAAUCCUUCAAUCACCUUGUUGGCGUUUUACUUACAACUUCCUCAAGGGUUCUCAGAUAAUAUCGUCAAGAAAGACGUCCUAAAAGCCAUCGUGGAAAGCGAUGAGCCGAGUAUCGGAGGAUCGGUGGGCGGUACCAUCCUGGGCGUCCAGCCUUUAAUCUCUACUACAGAAACAACAGAAGAAAGUGACAAGGAACCGAAACCAAUGAAUGCCAUUGUUGUAGGAGCUUCUGUGGGUGGUGUUAUAUUGGUCGUUGUUAUCUUAAUCGCUCUUCUUUUCCGUUUCAAGAGAAGGAAAAGAUUAAUUGCUGCAAAGAGGAAGGCGAGCUGUGGUUUCAACAACAAUGCUUACCUCAACGAUGCUUACUGCAUCGGUCCUGGAGAGCGAGAGAUCGAAAUGAAGUGUGGUGAUCAAGCUUUUUCAGCUGGUAAUGUACCUGAUUUUGGGGAGCACAGUUACGCGGCCUACAAUGACCUGUACCCAUCUAGUAAUCACUCAGCAGUGAUCCUUAAGUUUCCAGACUCUCUAGCAGGAAAGAACAGUGAGGAUGUUGCUGCACCUAUCUACCAAAAACCCGAUAGUGGAGUUGAUACACUUAUCUACCAACCAAUCAACAGCGGAGGUGAUGGACCUAUCUACCAACCACUCAACAGUAAUCGAAAGUCAUCUGAAGUCUGAGCUGAGAAGACCAGUGAGGGAAAUACAGCACCUGUCUACCAAUCACCCAGCAAUGGUUAUUGUAUCCAUCUAUCAAACACUCAACAAUAUACCUAAGUUUUCAGAGGCCUAGGUAGAGAACAGUCAGGGAGACGUUGCCAAGUUCACCGGGCAGCUGACCCAAUAACGGUGAUUCCAAAGAUUGAAACUACGCAAAAAAAAAAAGGAGAAUCAAAAAAAUAAAUAAAUAAAUAAAAUAAAAUA